AUGGAAAAUCUAGUGGUGGUGGGGAUUUUGAUGCUACCGCUACUGAUAUUUGGUAUGUUUGGAAAUUUGCAAUUGAUGUUUGUUACGUGGAGAUACAAGCAGCUGCAACAUCGCAAUGGUAUAUUGAUCAGUCAAUUAUUCGAAAUGAAAAAUGCAAUUGAAAUACUGACUGGCAAUUCCAAGAUGACACGUACAGCGUGUUACAAUACAAUUUUCCUGUACGGCUUCUCGUUCAGUAUGGCAUGCAUAGCAAUGCUUUCUUUAGCUAUUGACCGUCUCAUUGCUGUUUCGUCACCUAUAAAGUAA